GCAAGACGUGAGGCUAGAACCCCGAGCGUGGUCGGUUGGAGCAAAUAUGUCUGCCCGGAGGCACAUUGGGAAUCCUGAGUAUCUGACCAGACGGAUACCGCAGAACCCAAGGUAUCAACAUGUCAAGUCAAGACUGGAUACUGGAAACAGCAUGACCAAAUACAUUGAGAAGCUAGAAGAGAUUAAAAAAAAUUAUAGAUACAAAAAAGAUGAACUUUUCAAGAGAAUAAAAGUUACCACUUUUGCCCAGCUGGUCAUUCAAGUUGCUUCCCUGUCAGAUCAAACACUGGAAGUGACAGCUGAGGAGAUCCAAAGACUCGAAGACAGUGAUUCUGCAACGUCAGAGGCUGACGCUGACAUUGCUGCCAAGACCAAUGGGAAAGGAAGCCCUGAGGAACAGUCGCCCAGCCCUGUCCAGUUCAUCAACAGCACGGGAGCAGGGGACGCCAGCCGCUCCACCCUGCAGAGCGUCAUCAGUGGCGUUGGGGAACUGGAUGUAGACAAAGGGCUCGUAAAGAAAGAAGAGCCCAGUGGCAAAGACAGGCCUUAUCCGGACUGUCCCUUCCUGCUGCUAGAUGUGCGUGACAGAGAUUCUUAUCAGCAGUGUCACAUUGUCGGGGCCUACAGUUACCCCAUUGCAACUCUAUCCAGGACAAUGAACCCCUAUUCAAACGAUAUUCUUGAGUACAAAAAUGCUCACGGCAAGAUCAUCAUCUUGUACGAUGACGACGAGAGGCUAGCCAGCCAGGCAGCCACCACCAUGUGCGAGCGCGGGUUUGAAAACCUCUUCAUGCUUUCCGGGGGUCUGAAAGUCUUAGCUCAGAAGUUUCCGGAAGGACUGGUCACUGGUUCCCUGCCAGCCUCUUGCCAACAGGCCCUUCCUUUUGGUUCUGUCCGGAAACGACCUGGCCCCAAAAUGCCAGCCCUGCCAGCUGAAAACAAGUGGAGAUUUACCCCAGAAGACUUAAAAAAGAUAGAAUGUUACCUGGAAGCGGACCAGGGACCAGCCAACAACCCUAGCCGACUGAACAAGAAUAACUCUGCUGGAAGAGACUUGAAGGUGCCUGCUGGCCAGGGUGGCCAAAACCUGCCCACCGGCUGUCCUACCAGCCACUCGAACUCCCGAACACUCAACAGUGGUCACCUGCAAGGCAAACCCUGGAAGUGAAGGCCUGUGUUGUUUAGUCAAAUAAAUGUCCCCUCCUUUUGGAACCCCCAGCACUCCCAACUUGGUCCUUUUCAGAACUGCUGUAGGGAAACAGCCAUGCUACUCGGGCUGGACCAGGCCCACUUCUCGCUGUCUUAGCUCCCUUCCCUUCAUUCAGGAAGGAUUUUGACAGCUGACCAGGAAAGCCAGAGGUUGACAGGCAGGCUCUAGUUGCUCUCCCUAUUGUUUACACAAGAUUCAUGUCUUUUGAAACUGAAUAGGAAAAAAGAAAGAUACUUUCUUUUAAAUAAGGUCCAGCCUGUUUGGUCUGUAACCAGUGUUGUUCUGUAAAUAAUUCAGUCACAUCUGCUGCUGUGUUCUUCCCAGCCAGCUUUUUUCAUUCACUGUUGAUUUCUGAAAAAUUCUCCAGGUGGGCCUGGCCUUGGCCACUGUCCCCAGGGGCGCAGAUGAGUUCUUGGUUCCUGCAGCCCACAGGCCCCACACUGGGCCAGGUGGCUGGCUGAGUCUUAGCUCUCUAUGUGCUGGCGCUGCAGGCUCUACGUGCUGCAGGCUCUACGUGCUGCAGGCUCUACGUGCUGCAGGCUCUAUGUGUUGCAGGCUCUACGUGCCGCAGGCUCUGCUGGGCACUUGAAGCUGAGGGGUGAUCUGUGAGCAUGGGUCCAUCUUACUGGUUUAGCAGAAAAACUCUCUGCAAAAUGAUCCCCUCCUUAAAUGGUUUCCCGGGACCAGAAAGCUGUGUGCUCAGCUGUCCUCACCGGAAGACCCCAGUAUUCUACAGGUCUAUGCUGAGAACCCUGCCCGGGAGGCUGCUGCAGCUGUCCCCUUCAUUAUGAGCCUUAUAUCAAUUAAAAUUUCCCAUUGCCUGAUUUGAGUCCCGCUAUAGUAGAUGGAUAGAAAUCACGGUCAUUUGAAAGCGUCAGCUUCACUUUGACAAGGGGACACACAGGUGAGGAGGACUCGUGAGUCCUUUGUCAGGGCUGACAACCCCUUAAGCCCUUGCUUAAAAAUACAGUAUUAGUCUAAUUGAGUAAUUAGUGCAAUUUCCUGCUUGCUUUUCAUUCUCACGACUGAGCUGUGAUUAGAAGGCUGUGAUUAUAGAUUCUGGUUUUGGCCGGAAUUUCGAAUCGGCAUUAAUUGAAUUGCUAGAUGACUGACAUCCAUUCUAUUUAAUUGGGGGAACAAAAGACCUCAGGUAAGGAUGAGGCCCAUGAAGUCAUAGGCAAGGACGAGCCUUGUUCAUUUUUAUGGUCUGUGAUCGUAGCUCUGAUAAGGGACUGAAAAAUAAAUUGUGCUCUUUGUCAUGGCAACCAGCUUCUGAAAAGCCAGCUGAAAAUUGCCUAUCCUUAGGUGGUUACUGCUGGUGGGUAAGAUUUGCCUUAGCAGUACGAUUUCUUCACCACUUUAAAAAAAUAAAAAUAAAAAAGGAAAAGGCCCACAGUAUUUCUAGCACUGAGGCUGUGUUUGUAAGAGAAAUAAACGUAAUAAAUAUCUCAUGGAGACAUAUGGAAAAAUAACUCCGUCAACCCAGCCCUGGUUCAGAAUGUGUUUAUUCUUCUCUCCUUGAUUUCCAAAGUGCAACAUUUUCCAAUGCUUUAGAAAUCAAACAAACCAGGGACAUUGUUCAGAUGUCAAGCCGUGCCCAAAUUUCCACAAGAUUCGAGAAUCGUGUAUAAAAUUCAGCCAACGUACACAUAGCUUUAAUGAGGAGCCUGUCGUGUUUCCCCAUAGAUUUAUUGCCUGAGAACUUAGUUCAGCCUUUUUCUAAUGCCAAAAUGCACUGGCUUUUUAUUUUCUUUACAGCAUAGAUAGAAAAAUGCAAAUUUUUCCACACUCAGCUUUCCCCUAGCAUGGAGAAGAUUUUCAGUCAUCUUUGACAUAUAUACAUUUUUAAGGAAAAUGCUUUUCCUCAGUAAGAAAGUUCUGGUUUGCCGGUUUAACAUCAGCUAGUCAGGAGGUAGACCUCUUCACCCAAUUUUAUUUCGAAAGUCUCUAUCGGUUCCUGUUCUGCAUUCCUGCACUGGGUGUUAGUGUUAGAAAUGAUUGUAUAUACGUCGCAGAGUCUGUUCCAGCGAAGCUGUUAGAGUCGCUGUGUACUGGUGUGGUCUAGCAGGCUGAAUCUAUUUCCAUGUGUUUCUCCAUAGCUCUUUGCCCCGUUGGCAAGGAUUUCAAACUUCCAAGAGAGCUGGUCCCCCUCUGCACUCAGUGUUACUCUCCGACGCUGUUGCUUCUCAGCACUGGGCUUUACCAGUUUCUUCCUUAGAUUGUUUCACAUGUAUUAUUUAAAUGAUCAGUGAUACUUUGUGCAAUUAUGAAUGUUGAAGAUUAAAGAACGUAGUUACUAA